UGGGAAUAGUUUGCUCGUUUACCAGACAGAUCCAAGGGUGGGAUUGGAAGGAAGGGAAAACUGCUUGCUCAUCCUUUAUCAGCAGGAGCUCAUGAGUCAGCUCUGCUUUGUUACACCCAUGUGUGUUGCAACACGCACACACACGUACACACAUAAACAGGCUCUCCCUCAAACUCCCCCCCUCCCUCUCACGUACUCACACACAGGCCAUAUGACUGAGUCAAGCUCAGCUUUUAGUUUGAAGCCAGUUUGAGAUAAGGCUUUCUGAGAAACAGCCUGGUGGAACAACAUUCCAUCUACCAAUAUCCAUGUGUACAAGGUAGCUUCCUUCAGAGACUUGAAUCAAGUCUGCACUGAAAGAUGUCACAGAUGGCCAUGUCUACCUCGCGGUCGUCUGUGUUUACUUUCGAGUCGACAGUGCAUUCCUCUCAUGUGUUGCACCGCCUGGAUGAGCAGCGCUGCCGGGACACGUUGUGUGAUGUUACCGUGGUGGUGGAGGGUCAAAGUUUCAGGGCCCACCGCGCCGUACUCUGUUCUUGCAGUGAAUACUUCUCGCUGAGGAUCUCUUCCCUCACGCAACAUGGAGCAGUACUCACUCUGCCACCAGAGGUAACGGUUGAGGGCUUUGAAGCUCUGCUAAAGUUCGCCUACACGUCCAAACUUCACUUCAUCAAAGAAAACGUCCUUCAAAUUCGAAACGCAGCCACCAUGCUCGGCUUCAGGGAUCUCGAUGAGGCUUGUUUUGAUUUCCUCCUUCCGAAGUUUUUCUCCAAAAGCAAAAGCACCACUAAAAAAAUGUGUUGUAAAAAAAAUGACAAAAAGCAGAUAUCAAAAGAAGAAUUCAGCACAGACUCUGACAAUGCGUCUUUCUGCGACAAAGAAGUAAAACCAGUUGCUGACUCAUCAUCUCAGCAGGAAGUGAGUCUGGACUGUAGCAAAUCAGAGAAAAACAUGAUGGAAAGUCUGAAAACGAAAAACACCCCCACACUGGGGGUUGAUGCGGGGAUCGACAAUUCAACCCAGUGUCCUAAGUAUCGGAAGUUCCAGCUUGCUUGUGGAAAAGAGACUUACGCUCCUGAAAAGAGGAUCUGCAAAGACUGCACCCGUCCCUGCUCUCCAAGUCUUAGCUCUGAAAACAGCAAUAAGGAACAUGUGGUUCAAUUCCCUGGAAAAUCAGCCUCAAACUCUGACAGGGAAAGCAAAGGUCAGACCGGUGAGCCACUGAGAACUCAAACACAUGACAAGAGAGAAAACCACGGGGACAAAGUGGAAGCAGGCUCUGAGAAGCUCAGAUCUAAAAAGAAAGAUGAGCUCUGUGUGAUGGACACGGAGGAGGUGGAACACUCCAGCUCACCUGACACAUGCCGCUUUAACUCCCCGAAGACAGACAAGAUUCUAGGGGAGAGGUCAUUAGAGUUCCUGCAGAGUUCCCAUUGCUCUUUGGGAACGUUUAAUGACCUCACAAUCACCUGUUCCCAAGAGUACCAGAAGUUUGGAGCUGACAUUAAAAAGCCCAGCAGAGCUGCUGGUGGACCAGAGCCAGGCUCGGUUCAUCAAAACACACAGUUUGAGCAAAAGGGAGAAAAUGGUCGAGAUGGAGAAAAAGAAAGAGAAAGGUUUACUCUUGGAGAAAUUAGCACCAUGGAGAUGGAAGCGGCUGGCCCACUUGACAUGCAGCAGGGGUCAGAUUCAGCUCCCAUUGAUCCAAACUUCCCUCCAGGUAGACUCUCAGCCGAAACGAGUGACAGAUGGGCACAAAGCUCGUCUUCAGAGGGGCCGAAAGCUCGGAGCGAUCCCAGCUGUCUUUUCUACGACGAUCUGGAAAAAGCGGAAUAUUCAUGCAGUCAGGCAGGAAUGUCGGAGUGCGAGGGGACCUCUCUGUCAUGUGGGUCACCUGUGAACUCCGGAGAGGACGGAUACUCAGAGACAGAAACAGAGGGAGACAGUGAGUCCUCCACAAGGGAAAGAGCCAGGCAGGUUCAGCUGCCAUUCCCUGUUGACAGGAUAAUAAAUCUAAGCCGGAAUGACUUCCAGCAACUGUUGAAACAGCAUGACUUCACAAAGGAACAGCUUGAGUUCGUCCACGACAUGAGAAGACGCAGCAAAAACCGCCUUGCAGCGCAGCGCUGUCGCAAAAGAAAACUAGACUGCAUUUACAAUCUGCAGUGUGAAAUCAACAAACUUAAGACAGAGAAGGAGAAACUGAUGGUGGAGAGGAGCCAACUGGGCCAGAUGAAGCUGAGAACGUGUCACAGCGUCUCUACGUUGUGUCAAAGGGUCUGCAGUGAAGCCAACCUGCAGCCCGAACAGCUGCAGGUGUUAGCCAAAUACACGUCUUCAGAGUGCCCGCUAUCCUCCCUCUUCCCUCACAUAGAUGCUUUUCUGAUGCAGCACGGAUUACCACUCCAGCUCCAACCAGCGUGCACUGGAGAUUUUCAAAACAUGGACAGAGACAGAACCACAGAAGAAGAACACCCGCUUUAAAUAAACUGUGAAAUUCGCCCCGAUGUCCUGAUGACAGUGAAAUGAACCCUGCACCCCUCAUGACACAGGAACAGUGUAUUUUAUUAUAGCCUAAGUACAAAUCAGUGGUACAUCUUUGAUCUUAUCACAAUACAGCAUUUACAACAGGAAUGCUGUGAUCAGCAGAUGCAAUAAUCAUCGAUCUUUUUGGACUUGCUAUCUAGAACAUUAUUGAGAGGAUGACAAUGCAUUCCGCAGCUUGAAGGCCUUCUAUUUCAAGUUAGAAUUAAAAAUCUACAAGAGCAAAUGCUCCCGUUUUUGGAGGUGUCCACAGCUUCACCCCAAAAGUAGCUGGGAUAGGCUCCAGCAAUAUCCCUCUGACCUUGCACAGGACUAAAACCAAAUUUUCUUAUACCUCAUUAAGAGUCAUUCCUUUUUCGACCCAACAUUGCUUCUUGUUUUUUUAAGUAAUGUGCACUUUUUGCAAACAGCGUCUUAUGAGAAGAACAUCACACCACAGCAUUUUGCAGCUUGACCAAAAAGUCUUGAGACAGGGUUCUAUGUUUACCUUGUGGUCUUUGGUCGGACUCUCCUUCUUGCUGCUGUCAUUGUGGCCCGUUCCCCUCCACAGACCACGAUGAGACAUCUCUUUUAUUUGGCACAGACCUCUCAAAAUAUGUCUCCAUUUGAGUUCAAUAAAGGUUGGAUACAUAAUUGAUCUGGGGUUUUUAGCAGCAGUUGUUUUAUUGGAUGAAACUGCUGUGGUUUCCACCUCAGCCUGUUAUCUUAAGCUCUCCUUAUCUAAAUCACUGCUAAGGGUCAAGGGGAUACUGCAGGAAUAAGGAAUCAACAAGGAAGAAUGAACAGAAGGAUUUAAAGAUGUUUUGAUUCAUCCUGCAUCUUUGAUGCAAUUUUUUCUCUGCUUUUAAAUCAGAUAUUUUACACCACAAAAAUGAUUCUCUUUUCCCCCUUUUCAGUUAACUCUGACUCUCUCUUGUAUUUCUUUACAACACUAUGUGUGAUCUAAGUAUUGUGGCAGCUGAAAGGAUUUUUAGGAUGGCCAGUGACAAUGACCUUUUGUUGGUAUCUCAAGCUAAAAGAAGACUAACUACCAUAGAACUCUGGAACCUUUGAGCUCAUUGCCCUCUAGUGACGGUGCGUGAUCACUGCAGAUCACGUACAGCCCCAGGGGUGCUUGAACACCUUUAGCCCAAAUGGAAAUGACAUCACAUAACAUCCACUUCCAGUUCGUCUCCAUUGGAGAAAGGAGUUCAUUAGUUUUUCACCAAAUUUAGUUGUUUAAACUGUUCAAUGGCUACAGAUGUAGACGUGACAUCUUCCCAACUCUAGAGGAAAUGAAAAGAAAAUGCCAGAAUUCCAGCCUCUCUCAACAGUUGAGAGGUAGUUCUCAAAGAUAAAAUUGAUAAGGAAUUCCCUCAGAAGUCUGUGCAAAGAAGAAAGGCUCUCUUAUCUAUAUUUCAAUGAUUUGCAAGUGCUUAAUAUCUACAGGGACAUGACCUCCAGAAGGUUAUUGCUUUAAGACCGGCUGAUGGUUGGGCUACUGCUUUGAGGAAAGGAUCAUUUUCAUCUAAAAUUAUUUCCAUUGUGCUAUUUAUUUUUGUACCUAUUUGUUCAUAUUUCCAUUGUUAAUGAGCAAUAAAAGGUUUUUUCUACCUAAUGCAAAGCACAGAAAAA